AUGCCAACUGAAGAUAAGACAAAGAAAGAACUCGAAGAGGAAGCACAUGCGCUUCGAAAUGUGAUCGAUGCGCUUAGAAGAGAAAAAGCUGAGGUCGAAAAGAAGAAUCAGGAGCUCAGGCUUAUUCACCUACGCCGAGAGGGCAUCGCCAGCCAACUCAACCAAGAGAACGAUAGGCUUCAGGCCCACAACGACAACUUGACCAUCACCAACCACACUCUUCGCCACAAUGUUGCGGCCAUGGACACAAACGUGCAGCAGUGGGCGGCAUACGCGUCAGAUGGAGAUGAUCAACUUACCAAGCUCAACUUAUAUACCGAUCACAUCGAAAGACGUCUGAAGAGCGAGGAAGCCAAGGGCACAGAGCUUGAAGCCCGUCUGGGAGAUCUCCAAGGGCGCAACGACGAUCUUGCGGANAAGUCACGAGGAGCUCGAAGAUCGCCUCAUCACAAAGAGAUCGAAGCUCAAGCCUUACAGGCUGAGCACGACGAACUUCAACGCGACCAUGAAGCUCUAUGGAGAACUGUUCACUACCUCGACGAGAUAGUGGAGCAAGACCAAAGCGAGGUCAUGCGUCUCCGCCAUGGAGUCUUGUAUCUCAAGAAGCUCUGGAAAUCAAAUGAGCUGCAGUGA